AGGACAGAUGACCCAAAAAGCAAUUCUGGAAGAACUGUCAUCAAUUUUAGCCAAAUACUGUAGAGAUGUAAUGUGGUGUGUGGAUUUCCUCUCACCUCUGAUUAUUGGUUCAGUGAUUCCAGAAAAAAACUUGACUGAUAACAUUGUACAAGUAAUUGAACAGGGAUUUAGUGAAGGAUUUAGCGAAGAAAAGAACAUAAAGUCAACAACCGAAGCAUCUCAAGAAUUACUUUUGAAAAUAUUUAGCAAAGAAAAAUUGUCUUUGGUUUAUAUAAAUCUAAUAGCUUCAAUCCUCAAUUUGCAGUAUUCUAGGGAUCCCAAACAAGUCUCCAAGUAUUUUACAGACUUAUUUCUAGAAAAACUUUUACCUGAAAAUAACCUGAAUGAAAAAGAUGUUUCUGUAUUUAAGUGCCUUAAGAAUAUUGGACUAAAUGACGAGAUGGUUCGUUUAGAUAUAAUUUCUUAUUUGCGAACAAUUAUAGCAAGAAGCAAUUUUGGUCUUAUUUUCAGGGAAUUAGCCAAUGACAUUUGUUUGUGGCUGGGUUAUCCAAACUUAAGUGUACAGGUUAUCAAGAACCAAGAAAAUAUCUUAUGCCAAAAAGCACAAACAGAUUUAACUUUAAGCUUUCUUGAUAAUUAUGUUAUUGAAGCUCUUGAGGGUGGUGCUAUUCCAUUUAAACCAUUUAGUGUUUCCCAGAAUAGCUCGAGUUUUGAGGAAAAGACCAAUAAUGAAUUUCAUGAAACAUACCUGAGCACAUCCACUGUACCAAGCGUGGCAUCUGAUGACGCUCAGUCGUCAGCUCCCUCAACGAGUACUCACCUGACAGCCAGCACAUCUGUGAAUAAUACCGUCUUGAGCAGAAGCGUGCUUGCCUGUGGUAAACGGGUGUGGAGUAACGAAGGUCGAAUUCAAAAGUCAGAGGGGGAAGCAUCUGUGGGACCCCCCGCUGAUUUUUCCUUGAAGUCAGUUGGCCAGAACGGUAAUCAUUUCCCACUGAAUGAUGAUGAUGAAAAUGAUGAUAUAACAGAAGGAAGUGUUGAACUUGCAGAUGAAGCACAAGAGGACAAGCAAAAAGAUCUAGAUACCUUAUCUGUACAGAGGUCACAGUUGACUCAAGCAUUACUAGCUGGUCUUGGUAUGACAAAAUCAAAGUAAAUAAUACCACUAGUUUUAUAUGGAAGUUACAAUGCCUUAAUGGUGUCCUACAUUGAGUGUUGUAUUGCAUUUUUUUUCUGUAUGUCACCUCCUUUGAUAUUUUA